AUGCAACCACCUUCACCAACUGUAUCCUUCAUUGAAUAUGUCCUUUUGGCACUUGAGCUUCCACCAAACAUGUUUGUCUCCAAACUGGCCGCGUGCUGCACGAUGCUUUUCCUAACGCGCUCAGACCCAAAGCUCCUACGGGAGUUGUGUAGAAAGUGGGUAAUACGAUUCAAAAAAGAUCGGCACCUGAUUAUUUCCCGGAUUCGGGAAAGCACAAGGAGUGCUAAUUGCUCUGAUAUGUACUCGAGAGCAUCCAUGGAUAGUGUUGUCGAGAAUCUUCCGGGCUCAGAUGAGUGUGACCCACAGAACUGUAUGGAACAUUUUCUUCACCUGAUCAACACGUUUGUGCCGGAGUAUUUUUCUUGGAAUUGGCACCACACAGAGUUGAUGAUUCAAACCAAUAGAAAGUCGGAGGACUUUGUACGCGAAAGGCUGCUUCCACUCUGUAGGAAUAGCAGCGAGGAUGCUGAUGGAUUGGAUGACGAGGAUAAGGACAAGGACGAAGCUCUGGCGUCCUUUUUUCUUAGUAAACGGCCUGCGGAUACUCGGGGCUUUAACAAAUGCGAAGAAGCAUGGACAAACGGCCUCGAAAACCCUGAGCGGCCCCCUCUUGAAAGGUAUGCAUCGCGCAUUCGUUUCGCAACAUUCAGCAACCUCCGCAACUGUUUCCGCCAGUCACCACAUGGCGUGGUGCUCAUAUUUCACGCUAACUAUUCUUCAAAGAGUUGCGAGACGCUGAGGACCUUUGAGGAAAUUCUCAUGAAACAGAUGCUGAACCCUCAACCACAGGUGUGUGUUGUUCACAUUGUUGCAGAGCCUGAACUCGCGCGCUUAUAUCAAAUAAAUUGGUUCCCAACGAUCAUCUAUGUGCCACCGCUAUCCCAACCGAAGAGCGGCCCAUUGCUGGAAGUUGUAGAGUCUAACACCAAUGGUAAUGGUUGUUCAUUCAACCAAGUGCGCACGAGUAACGGUACGCCUACCAUUCGGGGCACUGGGGGUGAAGCCGAUGAUGUAUCAUGCGACGCAUUGCCACCAGUGCGUCUGGUGUCAUCGGAUGCGGAGGAGUCAAGCGAUGAUUCCCCCUGUGCAGCAAGUCCAUUGCAAGAAGAGGAAAUAUCACCCUCUGUUAAACAUAAGAAGCACCGUGUGUAUCCGCCAGAAGGUGACUUAUCGGCUCCGUCGCUUGCAAAGUGGAUAAAUAGCAGAGGUUCCGUAGCACAGCUGAUGCCUGCGGAUAAUCGUGCGGUUUCACGCAUUAAUCAGCUCCCUGAAAGGAAGGGAUUUCCGAAUGGUUUGAAGCAUUCGUCGUCGAGGGACUCUCUGCAGACGUUGAGUUCCUCUGCGGAGGCGGCGGAUUCUCAUGAAACCAGCGCAAAGGCACCGGUGUUCAUUUUUCUGGGAGGAGGUGUGGCUGCAGGGAAAAGCACUGUAGUGUCUGUGCUUUCUGGUAGUUUAUGGUGGGAGGAGCACAAGGCAAAUAGCGUCAUCAUUAGUGCUGAUAACUACAAGAGCCAGAGUUACCUGGUAUCGAAUGACAUGGAGAAGCAGCACGAGUAUAGCACACGUUUGGCAGAGGAACUCAUGGUGAGAGCAGUGAAUGGGAGGCGCAGCAUUGUGUUUGAUAGUACAAUGAUGUGGAAACCGUUUGUUCAGCAGGUGAUUGAUAUGGUGCGCAAUUCCCAUCGUGUGCUGUACGAACAGGGACCGGGCUAUCGGGAUGGUGGAAAAGUGGAAGAAUACUUUAGGACGGUGGGACCACGGUCAGAGUCUCACCUUCCACCAUAUGUAAUUCGACUCUUAGCAAUAACGGUUGAGCCUGAAGUUGCGGUACGCCGCGGAAUCCUUCGCAACUUCUCAACAGGACGAAGCGUGCCUAUCAAAACUCAACUUCGCUCCUUCCGCCUAUUUGCAGAGAACUUUGUGGAAUAUGUUUCCCUAGUAGAUGAAGCUACGUUGUACAACAACAAUGUGAUUGUUGACCUCGAGAAGGGCGAACUUCCGCCGGUGGUAGCGGAAAAGCGGGAGGGGAAACUGGUGGUAGUUGAUCACGACGCCUAUGCACUUUUCUUAGGACAACGGGGGUUAAAUGAAAAUGCUGGGAAUGCACUUGAGCUCUACAACCCCAAGCAAUCCUAA